CUUAUCUUCAAUCUUUUUUUUUUAUCUUGGGUGGGCCCAGCUGAAAUGGUCUUAUUUAUAUGAUGUAUGUGCUGAAUGCGUUUAAUAGCUAAGUCAUGCAUAUCUAAUCUGAAAUAUUGAGUUGGAUAUAUUGUACAAAGUUAGUAGUAUAAAUCUUGCCUUUUUUCAUAACUAUUCAACUAGUGGAUAUGGCGGCUUAUAAUCACCAGCAGCUACUUCUUUCUGCUCUUCUUACACUUGGUCUUAUUUCGUUGUUGGGUUCAAGUUUAUGCUAUGCUCAGGGUCCGCCUUCUCCGGGCUAUUACCCAAGUUAUAAAGUUGGAUCAAUAUGGUUCAACCAGUAUUUUAGCAGUUAUUGGGGUUCUCAGCAUCAAUCUCUUGACCAGCAUGGAACUUUAGCCAUAUGGCUCGAUCGAGCCACAGGAAGUGGGUAUAAAUCUCAUCGUCCUUACCGAUCAGGCUAUUUUGGGGCUUCCAUCAAGCUUCAUCCCGGAUAUACGGCUGGUGUUAUUACAUCAUUUUAUCUGUCAAACACGGAACAACACCCUGGGACCCACGAUGAGGUCGACAUAGAGUUCCUUGGAACGACGCCGGGGAAGCCGUACACCUUGCAAACCAACGUGUACAUCAGAGGGAGUGGAGACGGAAACAUCAUCGGACGGGAAAUGCGGUUCCACCUGUGGUUCGACCCCACCCUAUCUUUCCACCAUUAUGCCAUUCUUUGGAAUCCUGACGAGAUCAUAUUUUAUGUCGACGACGUCCCAAUCCGACGGUAUCCGAGAAAGAUCGACGCCACGUUUCCACAAAGGCCCAUGUAUCUGUACGGGUCAAUUUGGGAUGCAUCACCUUGGGCCACUGAGAAUGGCAAGUACAAGGUUGACUAUAAUUACCAACCCUUUGUUGCAAAGUACACAAAUUUCAAAAUUUGGGGUUGUGACGAGCAGGCCGCCGUCUGGUGCCGCCCCGUGGCUAGCUCUCUCGUCGGGUACACGGGGCUGAGCCGCCAGCAGUAUGUUGCCAUGGAGUGGGUGCAUAGGUACCAUAAGGUGUAUGACUACUGCCAGGAUUGGACUCGAGACCGUUCGCGCACACCGGAAUGUUAUUAAGUGGUUUGAUAACUUCUAUGGUACCCUACAAAUUGGAAGGUUUUAGUAUAUUAACUUAUUUGUCUUAUAAUUUUAGCAACUUCAUAUUAUGUCAUUUACUAAUAAAUUUGUCUGCAUUGAAUAUUUUUCACCAGAAUGUACUAUUUUGAACAUAAAAUCAAUAAUGGCAGCACAUUUUCUAAUUACAAUCUGCUGUACUUUUCCUUCAAAAUUGUACAUUCUAAUGGAAGCUCUUUAAUAUGGACAAACUUAUUAGUCGUAAGACAUGAUCAUUAAGUUUGUGAAGUUAUAUGACUUAUAACUGAUAUAAACACAAAUUACGUGAUUAAAUCUUAAAAAAAUCUAUAAACAUAUCAUCUUAAAUUUGUUUAAUUAUUAUUAAGAUAUGCAAGAUGGGUAAAUGUAUAAUGAUUGGCCCCAUAUUUUCUUGAUCACAUCAAGUAGUUACAAGUCCAUAAAUAUUUGGUAAACAAUAAAAUAAUACUAAGCCCUAUGAAGUUGAUAGGGUACCAUAGAAGAUCCUUCAAAGUUAAGGGUCAUAUCUACAAGUUAAUAAAGGUCUUGAGAUGGCAUGGGUUCCACGUGCCCUGAGUGUACCAGCGGAGGGUUGUUGAAGCUAGCGUCCAAGCCUUUCCAGAUAUGAUUGUGAAAUUUGUAAUCAAUUUCGGCACUAUUGUUUUCAUUUCUGUUGCAAAAUGUAUCCUGUAAAUAAUACGGAGUAUAUACACUCUGUAAAGAUUGGGAAAAGUCCAAAGGAAACACAAAGUGUUAAUGAUGUGUUGGUAACACAUGUACCUGCAGCCAUGUGUGUCAUAGUGUCGGUGCAAAUUUCAAAUUAAUUUGCUUGUGUUUUUAUUGUAUGCAUUCGUUAUUAUUUUCAUAUUGUUCAUGAAUUCAAAUAUGAAUAUGUAUAUAAAACUUUCUGUUAUCACU